UCACGCUCUUUGUAAUUUGCACCUCAUCUGUAUUGCGUAUAGACAACAACUUAAGGUCGUUUAGCGUUAGAGAAACAUCUACUUACAAACGAGAACAGAGAAUUGUGUAAAGACUUAAGAAGAAACAGCUGUAACAAACGAAGGUGAGUGCGUAGAGUCUGUCAGUUUCUAGAGAAUGCGUAACUUUCCAUGGAACAAAUCUGCUCCUGUCGGAAAGGAUGCGACAACCAUUUUUAGUUACCGUACUGGUAACUUUACAAACGCUGUGUUUAGCAGCAAAUUCCACACCUCCUUCCCCUCCUCCAGGGGUAACAACAGCGAGAGUAGAGCCAGAAGAGUUACCUGCUGUGUUUGGCGGUCACAACGUUGUCGUGUUCAAGUGUUGGACAAAUAAACCAAUUGCACAAUCCUUUUGGACUUUUGAAGACAAACGUUUGAGCGAAAACGAUCCUAAGCGUCAUCAAUCGAUUACGAAAGUCAAUGGAACAACUGUCGCAACACUGAGCAUAAUAGAUCCAACUCCCCAAGAUAAAGGUCACUACAAGUGCCACAUUAGAGCGUGGGACGGGUCGAAUGCUACGAGCAACGAAGCAGUUCUAGUGAACGCAGCAAAGGGACUUGCUGAGAACACCACGAUCACUAUUGUUCGCGGAAAAACCCAAACAAUUUCUUGUCCUUCAUCUCACGAUGAAAGCAGUCGUGGUGAUUUUCUCUCUCAACUUUGGAUUCGAAUGGAUUCAGUGACUUUAUACAACGGCUCUAAGUACAUCAUAACGAAAAACAAACUCACCAUUCGGUUCGUCCAAGACACCGACAUGGGAGUGUAUGAAUGCAUCACUUAUACUACGUACGGUAAAAGUAGCGCCCGAGUGACAGUAAUUGUUGCAGGCCUCCCAGAUCCUCCUCUGUUUGAAAAGGCGUACGAGGGAUCAGUUGCUGUUUGUACUGACGUACCAAUUCGAUGGAAACUAAGAUUUGAUGGCAAUGCACAAAUAACGGAGAACGCUAUCACUUGUAUAGUAGACGAUCAGAUCAACAACAAAACAGAAGUGUUUCAAGAGACGUAUCCAUUCAAUGCAACAUUGGGUACCGUGUCUAAAAUGGAACCUCGACUAAGCUACUCUUGCAAAAUGACGUCGUGUAAUGCACUGGGGUGCAGCAACGCGUCAAAUCUUGUGAAUUUACAAUGUAUCAAUAAAGAAAAUGGCAUUUCUACGUCAAGACCCUAUUCUGCAAGCUCAGCUUCUAAAACCACGAAUACUCCAACGCCGGCGAAAGUGUCGGAAUCAAAAAAUAGCACCAAUGUAACUGCAACUCCAUCUUCAAGCAACAAAGUCAACCAAUCUUCGUUGUCUACAAGCGAGAUAAUAGUAAUAGUAGUAGUAGUAUCAGUGGUUGCAGUAGCAGGUGUCUGCGCGGUGUUCUUUUGUGUUCGGCGAAGUCACAACAUUGCCAACAACUGUAUCUGCAAGUUCCUAGAUUGUCGUGGCUGCAAAAAGAAAAAUAACUUACUUGAACCCACUGCAAGUACCGAGACUGCAGGUACCGAGACUGCAGGUACCGAGACUGCAAGUACCGAGACUGCAAACAAACAGUAUAAAUUAGAAAGCUUCGAACAACGAAUUCCGGAAGCAAUGACAAUCGCUUCAAGAUUAGAUCCAGAAUCUAGGAGAAAAACAACUAGGAAGUUAAAGCCGAUAUUUGAAGCUGCUGAAAUUGGAAAAUACGAUGAGGCCUCUUUCCGCUUAAAGCAGGCUCGUCAGUUCAUGCACACAGAAGUAACAGCAAACCCGAACAUUCCGUAUUUCAAAGAGAUUUUAGACAUCCUAACUGAGUUGUCGAAUUUAAUUCAAAAUACAAUUGUAUAAAGACGUCCGUGGAAAUGUAUGUUCGACUUUUUUUUUUUUUUUUUAAGUCGAGUGUGCAUUUUAUGACUGCUUUCAAUGUGUUAUAAGUAUAUUUUAUAAAUAUAGACACUACA